AUGUCUCAGUGGAAUCAAGUCCAACAGUUAGAAAUCAAGUUUUUGGAGCAAGUAGAUCAAUUCUAUGAUGACAACUUUCCUAUGGAAAUUCGACAUCUGCUGGCCCAGUGGAUUGAAAAUCAAGACUGGGAGGCGGCUUCUAACAAUGAAACCAUGGCAACAAUUCUUCUUCAAAACUUGUUAAUACAACUGGAUGAACAUUUGGGUCGUGUUUCCAAAGAGAAAAAUCUACUCUUGAUACACAAUCUAAAAAGAAUUAGAAAAGUCCUUCAGGGAAAAUUUCAUGGAAAUCCAAUGCAUGUAGCUGUGGUUAUCUCAAAUUGUUUAAGGGAAGAGAGGAGAAUACUGGCUGCAGCCAACAUGCCUGUCCAGGAAGCGCUCAGUAAGAUGACACAAAUAGUUAACGAGACGGACCUGUUAAUGAACAACAUGCUCAUAGAAGAGCUACAAGACUGGAAGCGGAGGCAGCAAAUCGCCUGCAUCGGAGGUCCACUCCACAACGGGCUCGACCAGCUUCAAAACUGCUUUACACUGUUGGCAGAAAGUCUUUUCCAACUCAGAAGGCAACUGGAGAAAUUAGAGGAGCAAUCUUCCAAAAUGACAUAUGAAGGUGAUCCCAUUCCAAUGCAAAGAACUCACCUACUAGAAAGAGUCACCUUCUUGAUCUACAACCUUUUCAAGAACUCAUUUGUGGUUGAGCGACAGCCCUGCAUGCCAACCCACCCCCAGAGGCCGUUGGUACUUAAAACCCUCAUUCAGUUCACUGUAAAACUAAGGAAUGUUUCAACUCUAAGCAAUCGAAGAUUUGUACUUUGUGGAACUAAUGUCAAAGCCAUGUCUAUUGAAGAAUCUUCCAAUGGGAGUCUCUCAGUAGAAUUUCGACAUUUGCAACCAAAGGAAAUGAAAUCCAGUGCCGGAAGUAAAGGAAAUGAGGGCUGUCACAUGGUGACUGAAGAGCUUCAUUCCAUAACCUUUGAAACACAGAUCUGCCUCUAUGGGCUGACCAUAGAUUUGGAGACCAGCUCAUUACCUGUGGUGAUGAUUUCCAAUGUCAGUCAGUUACCUAAUGCUUGGGCGUCCAUCAUUUGGUACAAUGUGUCAACCAAUGAUUCCCAGAACUUGGUUUUCUUUAAUAACCCUCCAUCUGCCACUUUGAGUCAACUCCUGGAAGUGAUGAGCUGGCAGUUUUCAUCGUACGUUGGUCGUGGCCUUAAUUCUGACCAACUCAAUAUGCUGGCAGAGAAGCUUACAGUCCAAUCUAGCUACAGCGAUGGUCACCUCACCUGGGCCAAGUUCUGCAAGGAACACUUACCUGGUAAAUCUUUCACCUUUUGGACAUGGCUUGAAGCAAUAUUGGAUCUAAUUAAGAAACACAUUCUUCCCCUCUGGAUCGAUGGGUAUGUCAUGGGCUUUGUUAGCAAAGAGAAGGAACGGCUCUUGCUAAAGGAUAAAAUGCCUGGAACCUUUUUGUUAAGAUUCAGUGAAAGCCAUCUCGGAGGCAUAACUUUCACCUGGGUGGACCAUUCUGAAAAUGGAGAAGUGAGAUUCCACUCUGUGGAACCCUACAAUAAAGGCCGGUUGUCCGCUCUGCCAUUCGCUGACAUCCUUCGAGACUACAAGGUUAUUAUGUCUGAAAACAUUCCGGAAAACCCUCUGAAGUACCUAUAUCCUGACAUUCCCAAAGACAAAGCUUUUGGUAAACACUACAGCUCCCAGCCAUGUGAAGUUUCAAGACCAACAGAAAGGGGAGACAAAGGUUAUGUUCCUUCAGUUUUUAUCCCCAUCUCAACGAUCCGAAAUGAUUCAACUGAGCCCCAUUCUCCAUCAGACCUUCUGCCCAUGUCUCCAAGUGUAUAUGCAGUGCUGAGAGAAAACCUGAGUCCCACAACAAUUGAAACUGCAAUGAAGUCUCCAUAUUCUGCUGAAUGA